AUGACCCCUCUCUCUGUGAGCAACCAGUGCCAUCCUCGAGAUGUCCAGGCACAAGUGGACAGAUGGGUGGCUUGAGUUUCGCUCCACACACAAAGCCUUUCUAUGCCUCAGUUUCCCCAACCUCAAUGUCUCAGUCGGUAGGGCGCUUGCCUAGCAUGCACGAAGCCUGGAGUGUCAUCCCUAAAUACUGGGAGGCUGAGGCAGGAGGAUCAGGAGUUCGGGGUCAUCCUUUGCUGCCAGCGAGUAGGAGACCAGCCUGGGCUACAUGAGACCCUUAGCAGUAACUGCAGUCAAUACCGCCUGCACCGCUUACCAGUUGGGGAGACUAAGGCACACAGACCAUGGCUUUUGGGUCACUCUGACCGACUACAGCCCGCCCUGUCUCUCCUUGGGGUUCGACCUCCCAACUCCAUCCCCAGCCCUUGAGGUCUGAGCCCACCUCCCUCCCUCCGCUGGCGGACCCGCAGCUGCCGACGCCUCCCACCCCUCCCCCUCGCCCGGCACAAAGCGACGGACGGACGCAGCGGUGACGGACGACGCCUCCCGUCCUGCGCCACCUCCAGCCGCGACCCUGCGCGAUGCUCGGGCCUCUCGCCCAAUCCCUGCCCGGCCCUGGUCCCAAGGGCAACUCGGUCCCCGCGCCGGUGGCCUCGUCCUCCAGGAUCCUCCAGGGUCCGAAUCCUGCUGUUUCCACCCCGGAGCCACAGAAGGUCUGAGGUCUGCAGGACGAGCUGCAGAGCUAGGCAUGAAGGUCCUUGUUUGACACCAGCAUAUUUUGGGGGCACCAAUGGCCAAGUGGAUCCGAGACUAUCUGAACUUGGGCAGCCGGAGGCCGCCUCCGCAGCCGCCCACCCCCGACUACACCGAGAGCGACAUCCUGCGGGCCUACCGCGAACAGAAGGACCUGGACUUCGAGGACCCCUAUGAGGAUUCCAAUGGACGCCCCGAGCCAGAGAUCACCGGGUCCGGUGACCCCAAGUACAACUCUCCUAGGCACCGGCUGAUCAAGGUGGAGGCUGCGGACAUGGCCAGAGCCAAGGCUCUGCUGGGCAGCCAGGGGGAAGAGCAGCCGGAAGCAGACACUGAGUACUCAGACCCUUUUGACGCCCAGCCUCAGCCACCAGCCCCCCACAGUGGGUACAUGGAGCCCUGUGAUGCCCGGAACAUCUCCAGUGAACAGCCAAGCAGAGCUGUCCAGCUUUACGAUACUCCAUAUGAGGAGCAGGCUACGAAACCAGAAGAGGGAGGGUCUUCGGGCCAGAGCCGGAGGCCCCUGGAGGAUGAGAGGCCAGCAGAUGAAUACGACCAGCCUUGGGAGUGGAAGAAGGACCACAUCUCCAGGGCUUUCGCAGUGCAAUUUGAUGGUCCCGAUUGGGAACGGACUCCGUGCUCCACCAAGGAGCCCUGGAGACCACAGCCUGCGGAGCGUGUGGAUACAACCCUUGCCCUGGAAAAGCAGCCGUGGUUUCACGGCCCCCUGAGCCGAGCGGAGGCUGAGAACCUUCUGUCCCUCUGCAAGGAAGGCAGCUACCUCGUGCGGCUCAGCGAGACCAGGGCUCAGGACUGCAUUCUGUCUCUCAGAAGUAACCAGGGUUCCAUGCACCUGAAAUUCACAAGGACCCGGGAGAACCAGGUGGUACUGGGACAGCACAGUGGGCCCUUCCCCAGCGUGCCUGAGCUGGUCCUGCAUUACAGUGCCCGCCCACUGCCUGUGCAAGGAGCAGAGCACCUGGCCCUGCUCUACCCUGUCACCAGCAGCCAGAGCUCUCAAGGACCCUGCACACUGGCUGCUAAGCCAGAGAGGGGACAAGGGGACCCAUGACGCACAGACUUCCUUUAAUGCCCUCUGGUAGGGUGCUCCACAACAGGGCCUGCGGGCAUGCUUGACAGGUGAAGAAAGGCGCUGCCGCCAGGCCUGCUGGGCUCAACCCUGGGAGCCCACACGGUGGCAGCCGAGAGCCGCAAGUCCUCCUCUGAUUUACAAACAA